CCGUGGGGAGAGGCAACUGUUAUGGAAGUGGCUGUCUCUUGAAUAUAUUUCAUUGCAUUUUAACUCACCCUAAGUGGAAUUACGUCUUUGGCGAUUCACUGCUUGCUAAAUUAGUUAGGAAUAUAGAAACCGAUUUGAAGAGCCUGACAGGAUAUUGAAAGAAUGACUCCCUAGAAAGAGCUCGCGCUUUAUUUAUUUUCUCUUGACCGCUUCAUGUUUGUGGACAGAACGACGAAACAUACGCAGUUAUCUAUUUGUGCACGUUGAAAAUUGCGUUUUUGUAGAAAAGUUGAUUAUAGUUCAGCGGUAAAUUAAGUUUUAAUACGCUCACACGGAGCUUGUGUUGUUUAAUUCGUCUUGCAGUUCAAAUAUAGCCUAGCCGACGCUUGGUCAAAACAGGCAAUUAUAUCUACAUGUUAAUGGAUUGUAGUGUAUGGCCCUUGUUUGCUAUUUCAAAAUGCAAUGGGACUAAGUGAGGCCUUUCGAUCGCCAGAAUAUCUUUGCUUCACUUUCAAGCCCGAUGACCAGGUCUGGACAGGACCAUCAAAAAUGUGAACCGGUGAUUGAUAAUCUACCAGAUUAAUUUUUGCACCAGCAGCAAUGGAGCGGAGCAAACGGAACUCCAUUGCUGGGUUUCCCACACGGCCAGAUCGGCUGGAUGACCUGGAUUGUGGAGGAGGAGCAGAAACCGGUCUGGCACCGCUGGACAGGGUGUGUCCCUCUUCUUACCGGGCCCUCAUCAGUGCCUUUUCUUGCCUGACCCGACUCGAUGACUUCAUCUGCGAGUGGAUUGGCUCUGGGUUUUUUUCAGAGGUCUACAAGGUGCGUCACAAAGCUUCGGACCAGGUAAUGGCCCUAAAGAUGAACAAGCUAAGCAGUAAUCGUGCCAACAUGCUGCGAGAAGUUCAGCUCAUGAACAGACUCUCCCACCCCAACAUACUCAGAUUCAUGGGGGUGUGUGUUCAGGAAGGUCAGCUUCAUGCUCUCACAGAGUACAUUAAUGGUGGAAACUUGGAGCAGCUGCUGGACAGCAAUAAGUACCUGAGCUGGGCCACACGGGUCAAGCUGGCCUUAGAGAUCGCCAUGGGCCUCAGUUACCUACACUCCAAGGGCAUUUUUCACAGAGAUCUCACCUCCAAGAACUGCCUGAUCAAGUCUGACGAGAAUGGCCACACUGCGAUCGUCGGAGACUUUGGCCUUGCUGAGAAAAUCCCCAGUCAUGAUUUUGAGGGCGAGAAGCUGUCUGUGGUGGGAUCCCCAUUUUGGAUGGCUCCAGAAGUGUUAAGAGACGAGCCGUAUAACGAGAAGGCUGAUGUAUUUUCAUAUGGCAUUAUUUUGUGCGAGAUCAUUGCAAGGAUACAGGCUGAUCCCGACUACUUACCGCGCACUGAAAACUUUGGCCUGGAUUACCACGCCUUCCAGCACAUGGUUGGAGAUUGUCCCCCUGACUUCCUUCAGCUCGCCUUCAACUGUUGCAAUAUGGAUCCAAAGCUCAGGCCCUCAUUCCCCGAUUUAGUAAAGAGGUUGGAAGAAAUCCAGAUACAGCUGAAAGCUGAUGACUCUGAGAGGGAGAGGAUGCUACUAACUGCUGGAGAGGUUGAGAAAAAAAACAUGCCUAAAGGUCCGGGUGAAAAGGGUAUAAAGAGGUUAAAUCCUCUUGGUUUUCAGGACGACAAGAUUCCACCCAAGUCCCCCCGUCCACGUCGCAACAUCUGGCUUUCCCGUAGCCAGUCCGACAUUUUCUCUCGUAAACCCGCCCGCAAAGUGAAUGUCCAGGACCCUUACUACAACCCAGGACCUAGGGGCUUAGCACAUGGGCUACCGAAAGUCAACCCUUUCAGUGCCAGAGAGGACUUAAAAGGUGGCAAGAUCAAGUUUUAUGACAUGCCCAGCAAGUCGGUCUUCUCGCUCAUGUUUGAUUUGCACGCACCUCAUGGCAGUCAAAGCUCAUACCAGCCUCAAGCCAACAUCAGCACUGGUGCCUCUGGCAACAACUGCUCCACCUCCUGGACGGAGCCCUGGCAGCUGCCCGGUCGGCAGUGCCGUUCGCUCCCUGUCUCUCCCCGGCUGCCCCACUCAGAAGUCUUAUUCUCAUCUCACCCAAUGUCCAGGAGCGAGGCCGGACAGCCCAAAACGCUGAGCAGCUGGGCUAAGAAGUACGCUGUAACAGAGAUCCCUCAGUACAAGCCGCAAGCUGACAAAGAGGAGGAAGUGGGGGUGGCAGUGGACUGGUCUCCUCGUGUACCCUCUGACGGAGGAGAAGCAGAGGCCAUGGACUGCUCUAGUAGCAGAGGAAGCCCUGCGGAUGAUAAGGACAGAGUCCUCAGCCAGAUGCACAACGGAAGUCUCGGUGGCUUCUGCGAGGACAUGGAGGCUGAAGAACAGGAUGGCAUGAUGAUCUCCAACAAGAACUCACUCACGCUAAGCAUGUCUGUGGAGCCUGAGGAACUCUGUCCGAUAGUCCUCACAGCCUGCAAAGCCUCGUCUUCUGGAGGCCACAUCUCCAGAUGUGAUAUCUAGAUAGUGUAGAAAGGAGUUUGGUCACGCAAACAGAGAUUAUAUGCAUUCAAUAUUUAAUUAUAC